GGUGUGAACACCGCCGCUGGCCAGCCGACGCUUCUGCAACAAGAGAGGGGUAAGAAGCCAAGGGUGGCCGAGAAGGAGGGCGGGGGCCAGCUGGUCCCCACGGAAACCUUGUUUCGAACCACACCGUCCGGUCAGGGCCUUAGGGCUCGGCUGGUGGAGAUCUUGGACAGGGCGUACGGGUUGAAGGUGUCAAAGAAGAAUCUGGACAAAUCGUGCUACAAGAGGUAUGUGAAGCGCGCGCACGAAAUCAUGUACCGGGAAGCCAGUGAGCCGGGUUUUCGUUUGGUUGGGGAAAACCCCUUUUCAUCAAAAAAAGCCAACGAGCCGGCCGUCUCCGGCCGGCGCGUUGCGGCCAAGAUUCCCAAGGGAAAGGACUCAAAGGAGCCCGUAACGCCCCAAUUUCAUGUACUCGAGUCAGCUGACGUGCCAGCGGCCCACAUCAACCUUAUCAUCGUCAGCGACGACGACGAUGAUGAUGAGAAGGAGGAGGAGGAGGAGGCUAACAAGGUCGCCGCUGAGACCAACAACUCGUCCGUGAACAUCGUAGAUCCUCGUGCGGUAGCAGCUGUGGCGAUUGCGCCAGUCUCUCCUGCUGCGACUUCUGCGCCGGCUCCAGUUACUCCGGCAGCCGGGGCGCCUAUGGCCUUUGCAGCAGAUUCGGCUACCCCUGCUACUUAUGGCCAUGGCAAUGGCGCUGCCGGCGUCUGCGCACGUGGGAUCAAAAGGCCACACGCUCAUGAUGCAAUUUUUGCACCCGCUCCGGGCGCGGGGGCGCCAGUGGCCUUUGCACCAGCUCUGGCUACCCCUGCUGCUUCCGAUCAUGGGAACAUGGGCAGGAUGGCCGAGGAACUGCAGGACUUCGAGGCCGUAUCCGCCUCCAUGGCCCAGACGAUAUAUCGCCGCUCGGUGAGCGCCAGGUCGAACCUGCCACGGUGGGGGUGUCACGGCCUGCGAACCCCCAAGACCCGCUCGGCCCCUGCACCUUGCGGUUUGCCGAUGAAACGCAACACCACGGGGCCAGCCCCUGCCUAUGCUGGUUCCUCAUCCCGUGCCCCUGCUUCUAACAUAAGCAGCUCCGCUCCGAAUUCUUCAUCCCGUGCCCCUGCUUCUAACAUAAGCAGCUCCGCUCCGAAUUCUUCAUCCCGUGCCCCUCCUGCUAAAAUCACCAGCUCCGCUCCGGGCUCCUCAUCUUGUGCCCCUACUGCUAAUAUCAGCAGCUCCGCUCCGGGCUCGUCAUCCCGUGCCCCUCCUGCUAACAUCAGCAGCUCCGCUCCGGGCAUGGCUACGCCGGAGCAAGGGAAUGGGAUUCGUGGCUUCGUCCGCCUCUUCGGCGUCAACAUUGCCCUCGUCCGCCUCUUCGGCGUCAACAUUGCCCCGCGGGAGUAGGCGAUACUUCUGCAAGCGCUGCCGGAGGCUUGCAGCUCAGCAUGCUAGUCCGUUAGCUCGCUCAUGAUUUCCUGCUGCUGAUUCUCAAUCAGCGCGGCGAAAUAGUAUCUUUGCUUCCAUUAUUUACUUUCGAGAUGGUUGCUUCGGUUCAGAUUUUACAUAGUUCGUACCAGAGCUUUUAGCCUGUAUGUAGGCUUUCCAGAUUUAUCAGUUUUAUGAAUUAUUUCGAGUUUGAUUCUAGGCUUCA